AUGAGUUUGAGUUAUGCAGAAUACCACGAUGAGAGGCAAUUGUCAGAUAUAAUGGAUUUGAUAGAUAGCGAAUUGAGUGAACCAUACAUAAAUAUGACUUAUAGAUACUUUCUACACACUUGGCCUCAGCUUACUUUUCUAGCGUAUGAUCAUACAAAAGCUGUUGGAGUUGUAGUAUGCAAGCAAGAACGACACAAAUCAGGUCUAAUGAGAGGAUAUAUAGCCAUGUUAAGCGUUAGAAGUGAAUAUAGAAAGAAAGGGAUAGCUACAAAGCUAGUCAGGAUGGCAAUAGAUGAAAUGAUAUCGACAGGUGCAGAAGAGAUAAUACUAGAAACAGAGGUAGAUAAUAAUACAUCAAUAGCGUUUUACAAGAGAUUAGGGUUUAUGAGAGAGAAGCGUCUAUAUCGCUUCUACAUGAAUGGAAAGGAUGCUUAUAGGCUAUGUCUACCUGUAUCACCUAACGAAGAUGCUUACACAUGA